UUAUUUCCUCGUGUGUUGUUUGCAGUAUUGUAUAGAAGCCCUUGUUGGAGACCUGUCUGGUAAUUAUGGAGUUAAUUGUAAGGGCCAGCUAGUUAACGCUUCCAAGCCUGGAACAUUCACGAGUUGUCAGUGUAGCACUUGGUUGGGUUGUCCCCUGUGCUAGUACAAAUACAGUGGUUGUCAUGCCCUAAAACAAAUGUCAAGUCAUUGGUAAUUCCUGCUGCACAUUCCAUAUGAUCUAAUGCUAAACUCUGCCUGUGAUGUCAGUGUUUCUGCAUGGGAGGGGGUUAACCAUAAAUCUUAAGCUGCACUGCUUUCAGGGGUAGAUAUAUCCCGGGAGUAGCGUUGUCUUGUAUUUAUAAAUAAUAUAUGCCGAGUUUCUAUUGUAUUCAUGCCUGGAUAUAGAAAAGUUGGUGUUUUUGUUGUGUCUGAAUGUGUUGUGGUGCCUGAUUUUGUGUUUUUGCAUCCAUGCCAUGGUUUCUCCUAUGCCUCAGCUGUUUGAUACAGCCUCUCACAGGAGUCAGUACCACCCGUGCCUGGAUACACGAGGCAGAGAAAUAGGAAGGGGGUGAGCAGCACAUCCAGCCUUCUAUUUAGUGUUUUUUUUCUUCAUUCGAUCCUAAUAUCCAGCCUUAUCCUAGCUAUUGUCCUUGAUGUCUAGUGGCAGUGAAACAGAAACAUCAGUCAUAAAAGGAGAAACAGAGAGAGGGGAGGAAUAAUGUUCCCUUUUAUUCGUCCUUCAGUGUAAGACGUUAGUAAUCACUUUGCUCUGGAUUCUAUAAAGAAUUCAAUCCAGUGAGUAAUAUCUGUUUGCAGCUUAAACAUGCCUUUAAUGGCUGGUAUGAAGAGCCUGCUGAUGCAGUGGUGUGAGUGUGUGCAAGUGUGAUGCAGAAUAGUCAGCAUUCCGCUUCUGAAGCUGCUCUGCCUUCCGCUCUGCUUUGCAACCAUAGAUUGUUCCAACACAUGCAGAUAUUGCUUGCGUCUUUAUCGUGCCUGGGGAUGUUGCUGAAUUACCUCUGAAGGGAGUCAAAGGCUGGGAAAGGCAUCAAUCUGAGGAAGGUACAAGUCACUAAAGCUUCCUAUGGAAAAGGGAUGCUGCCGAUGAGGACUGUUACAGCAAGGAAUGUAUCCCAAGAAAUCUGACGAAUCAAUCUACCGUCGAGGGGCCAGAAGAUGGAGGAAACUGUACCGAGUGAAUGGACAUCUCUUUCAAGCCAAACGCUUUAACAGAAAAGCCUACUGCGGCCAGUGCAGUGAAAGGAUAUGGGGUCUUGGAAGGCAAGGCUACAAGUGUAUCAACUGCAAACUGCUGGUCCAUAAACGCUGUCAUAUAUUAGUCCCACUGACCUGUAAAAAGCAUAUGGAUUUGGUCAUGCCGUUCCAGGAUCCGCAAGUAGAUGACAAAAGUGACGAAGUUGAUCCUCCUUCUGAAGAAAUUGAUGAAAUUUCCAUUAUCACGCCAAGAAAACAUGAGAAUCGCAAGGAUGGAUCUGAGGACCUUAAAACGGUCAUUGACGGAUUGGACGGGAUCAAGAUCUCCCAGGGAUUAGGACUACAAGACUUCGAAUUUAUAAGGGUGAUUGGAAGGGGAAGCUAUGCCAAAGUACUUCUGGUGCGCUUAAAAAAGAAUGACCAAACUUAUGCUAUGAAAGUAGUGAAGAAAGAGCUUGUACAUGAUGAUGAGGACAUUGACUGGGUGCAGACGGAGAAGCAUGUAUUUGAACAAGCCUCCAGUAACCCUUUUUUAGUAGGCCUUCACUCCUGCUUUCAGACGCCGAGCCGGCUGUUUUUAGUUAUAGAAUAUGUGAACGGAGGUGACCUCAUGUUUCAUAUGCAACGACAAAGAAAACUUCCUGAGGAGCACUCCAGGUUUUAUGCUGCUGAGAUCUGUAUUGCUUUGAAUUUCCUGCAUGAAAAGGGAAUCAUCUACAGGGAUCUAAAGUUAGACAAUGUUCUUCUAGAUGCUGAUGGUCAUAUCAAGCUAACAGAUUAUGGCAUGUGUAAGGAGGGGCUAGGGCCAGGAGACACCACUAGCACUUUCUGUGGCACUCCAAAUUACAUUGCUCCAGAGAUCCUACGGGGAGAAGAAUAUGGCUUCAGUGUGGAUUGGUGGGCUCUGGGGGUGCUCAUGUUCGAGAUGAUGGCUGGACGGUCUCCUUUUGACAUAAUUACAGACAAUCCAGAUAUGAACACAGAAGAUUAUCUAUUCCAAGUAAUUCUUGAAAAGCCAAUUCGGAUUCCAAGGUUCCUCUCUGUGAAAGCUUCCCAUGUCUUAAAGGGAUUUUUAAACAAGGAUCCAAAAGAAAGACUUGGGUGCCAGCCUCAAACUGGAUUCUCUGAUAUUAAGUCACAUACCUUUUUCCGCAGCAUAGACUGGGAUAUGCUGGAGAAGAAGCAAGUCGUCCCUCCAUUCAAACCUCAGAUAACUGAUGAUUAUGGGCUGGAAAACUUUGACACUCAGUUCACCAGUGAGCCCGUACAGCUUACCCCCGAUGAUGAAGAAACAAUAAAACGAAUAGACCAGUCGGAGUUUGAAGGCUUUGAAUACAUUAACCCAUUGUUGCUUUCUUCAGAGGAGACUGUAUGAAGGACUGGAAUCUCUAUGGACAAAUCAUGCGAUUGAUCCUGAACUUGUAUCCUUAACUACAGUAUAUGCAUGCAAGGCUGGAAACUAAUGCAGGGUUGUGAAUAAAAGGCCAGUUCUACAAGAUUUGCUGCUGCUGAAAUUCCAUAAUGAAGGCAAAGUGUCUCUGGGCUGUAGCUGGCACCCUUUUCUGACACCUCUGGCUAUAUAUAACACAGUAGAUCCAUUUUCUUGUGCCUGCCUCGUGACGGUUCCGCUGUAUCUGCCAAUUAAUUUAGCUGUUGUGCAUAGAGGAACGCUUCAUUUUAGGCAAUCCGAUAAGCAAAUUGCUUCCUCUAGAGAAAUGUGCUUCAGCCAAUGGAACCAGAGGAAGAGUUGGGGGGGCAAGAAAGAUACAACAAUGAAGCCUUCUCCUCCCGUCCCUAGUAUGGCAGUUGUACAUCUGAUAUGUAUGGGACACUGUUUUGUUGUUUCUUUGGGGGGGGGGACGCUUAAGAUUUAUGCAGUUUACAGACUUGAUAGAAUUGAUAUAAUGGGAAUUCUAUAUAAAAUAUUUGCACUGGAGAAGGUCCCAGGCACAGAAUAUAUGCGUGGAGAAAGUCAAUAUUCAUCACAUUGGAAAGCUCGAGUCUAAAUCAGCAAUAUUGCACUUACUAAAAAAAGAUUAUGUCACAAAUUGGGUUCAGCAAAGGGAAUAAGCAACCAAACGAAGUUGUUGGAAUGAAAAAAGAAAAAAAAAAACAAUUUGCACA